GUUCAUUUUUUGUUGAUUUUUCAUUUUAUUUUGUUUUGUUGAUGAACGAAUCAAUCAAUCAAUUAUUUUUACGGAAAUGGAUAACCAUUUGGAAUCAUCAUCAUCAUCAACAUCAAAGCCAAUAACAUUAUAUUGGAAAAAUCUUUGUUACGAUGUUUAUGAGUGGCAACAAACGAAUGACAAUCGUUAUUGUUUGAAUUAUCCAAAGCGUCAGCCAAAAUCGAUAUUGAAUUGUUUGAAUGGUUCGGUAUGUUUGAAUAGUUUGAAUGCAUUAUUAGGACCAUCAGGUGCUGGUAAAACAUCAUUCAUCAAUUGUCUCACCGGUAAUAUUUCGAUUAAUGGAAAAUUAUCCCGUGAAACGGAAAUCUAUUUCAAUCAAAAAUUAUGCUCACCCAAAUCAACAAGGAAACAAACUCCAUUAUUUGGUUUGGUACCGCAAUUUGUACAGGAAACUAUUUUCGGUCGUUUUACUGUUGAAGAAAUACUGAAAUAUUCAUUUUGUUUUAAGAAUCCAUCAUAUCAUCAUCAAAAUGGUGGUCAAUUUGACCAUCUGGAUAAUUGUAUUCGAACAACAAUGAAUGAAUUAAUGUUAGAUGAACGAAUACGUCGAACAAGAUUUGAAAAAUGUUCGGGGGGUGAAAAACGUCGCAUAGCAAUUGCCCAGGAAUUAAUGUCCGAUUCAGAUUCACGGCCAAUGUUUUUGUUUAUUGAUGAACCAACGACCGGAUUAGAUAGUGAAUCUGCUCUGUUGGUUAUUCGUUGUUUGCAACGAUUAUCAAAAAAUAAUCCAAUCACAGUAUUUGUUUCCAUUCAUUCACCAAGUCAAGCAAUAUUGAAUCAUUUUGAUAAAUUAUUCAUAUUGGCUAAAGGUGGCCUGAUGAUCUAUUCGGGCAGACCAAAUUCAUUACCAUCAUAUUUGAAACAAGUAACCGGUAUUGAAAUAAAUGAUGAUAUAUCACCGAUUGAAAAAUAUCUGUCCAUUGCAAGCAAUGGUAUCGAUGGUGACAAUGUUAAACAAUUAGCCAAUAGUGUUAUCAAUGAUCAAUAUGAAUAUUCAUUGCUAAUGAAUGACAAACAAUCGAUGAAUUAUCAAUCAAUACCAAAUGGACUACCACAUUAUCGAAAAUCGUUUUAUUUUCAAGAUUUAUUCAUACAAUUCAAACGAUUAUUACGGCUACUUUUCAUUGUUGAUGUAAGAGUUUUUAUCGGUAUAAUUAUAUUGCAAACAAUCGGCGCAGCAUCAUUCAUAUCGAUUGUUGAUAAAGAUAUUCUCGAUAUAGAUGGUUGUGCUUCUUCUGAUGUUCUCAUGAAAAACAUUACCUGUAAUGAUCAUCUAAAUGAAGAACGUUUAACAUCACUUUUUAUUAUUUUGCAAACAGUUUUUCUAAUCAGUAUCAUUGGUAUAUCUACCGGUAUAUUGGCUAUAUUAUCAAUUGGUUAUCUUAAAGUUGUACGUAAUGAAUAUCUAAAUGGAUGGUAUAGUUUUACGGUAUUAAUGAUACCAUAUCAUUUAGUACAAUUGAUAAAAUUAUCAUUAUUAAUAGUACAUCUCACAGUAACAAUAUAUUUGAAUGUUGGUUAUAUUUAUAUUGAUAAUUAUCAAUUGAAUUGGUUGCGCUUUGGUAAUUUUUUACUAUUCUAUUUGAUAAUGUCAAUAUAUUCGCAUUCAUUUGGCCAGCUUAGUUGUUCAUUAUUUCCGGAAAAUGUGCAUGCAUCAAUACUGAUUUGUCAAUUGAUUAUAAUCGAAGUAAUAUUAUUAGAUUGUUUGCUAUUCAUAACAAAUAUUAUGAAAAAAUCAUUCGUAUUAAUGAUGACUGAAUGGCUCGGUUUUCGUUAUAUUGGUGCCGGUUUAUUAUAUGCAUUUUUCGGUAUUGAUCGUUGUGAUUAUUCCUCCAUGCAAUAUUCAUCAACAAUGGAUAAAUUUUUUGUGGAUAUUGAUAAUAUUUAUUGGAAUUUAUUAAUACCAUUGGCCAAUAUUAUUAUCAUACGUUUUAUUGGUUUCAUCGUUACCUAUUUUCAUCUAAAUCCAACAUUAUUUCAUUGGAAAUUUGAAUGGAAAAAUAUUUUAAAUAUCAAUAACAAAAAGAUAAUAUUACAAACCAAGAGAAAAAAAUUGAUUCCAAUCAUUAAAUCGUCAUCGAUCAAUACUAUGGUCACGAUUAAAAUGGAUGAUAACAAUAACAAUGAAGAUAAUGAUGUUGUGGAUGAUAAUAAUGAUGAAUCCAUCAAACAAAUGAAACAAUUCUGUAAAGAUCGAUAUAUAAUUGGUUGGCGUAAUCUGACAUUAUAUGCUAAAGAUUCUAUUUACGAUAUUCAACCAUCACCAAAAUCCUUAUCAUCAAAUAAUGAUAAUGAUCGUCAAUUAAUAUUACGCAAUCUUGAUGGACAAAUCAAAUUCGGUACAUUGAAUGCAUUGAUGGGUAGUUCAGGAUCGGGUAAAACAUCAUUAUUAAAAGUAUUGAAUGGUCAUAUGAAAACUAAAUUGGCUGGAUCCACACAAUUCUAUCUAAGCCGUUUUAUACCGAUUCGUACAUGUUUUAUUGCCCAGGAAAUAUCUGAUCAUUUAAUACCUGGUCUUACUGUACGACAAAGUUUAAUUUAUGCAUCCAAAUUGAAAAAUUGUCAAUUUAUCAAUCCAACAACAAUUCCGGAUCAUAAUCAACGGAUAAUGAAAUUGAUGUACGAAUUGGAUAUUAUGGAUACGGCCGAAACAUUAGUACAAAAUUGUUCUGGUGGUCAACGUAAACGUUUAGCAUUAGCGCUGGAAUUAACAUCGAUUCAGAUGCCAAAUCUAAUCUGUAUUGAUGAACCAACAAGUGGAUUAGAUUCCAAUUCAAGUCGCUUAGUACUGAAAUGUUUAAGAAAAUUUUUAUCAAAUAAUCCCCAAAUAACAAUGAUUGUUAGUAUACAUCAACCAAAUACUGAACAAUUAAUGAUGUUUGAUCAUUGUUAUGUCCUAGCAUAUGAUGGUAUCUGUAUUUAUUCAGGUCCACCGAAUCAGGUUAAAAAUUUUCUACAACAAGAAUCGUCACUGACAAAUCAAUCAUUAUUGGAUGAAUUACAAUUCCCAAUCGAAACAUUAAUCAAAUAUUCUUGUACAGGACUAACAAAUCCAAUUGUACAGAAGUUUGCGGAAAAAACAUCGAAAAAAAUUCAAAAAAUUAAUAUAUCAAUUGAUACGAUACAAGUUUCGGAUGGUAUCCCUACUGUACGUAAUCGUUUUACCUUUCGUUCAAUAUGGAUUCUAUUUGAUCGUUCAGCAAAAUUAUUUCAGCAACAUUUAUGGUUCAAAUAUUUGGCCUGUUUAUUAUUAUUUUUUGUUGCCGGUUUAUCAUUGGUUGGAUUUAUCGAUCCAAAUGUUGCCCAAUUUGAUGGUUGUUUAUCAUUAAUGGAUGAUGAUAUCAAUGAAAUUUGUACAAAUCGUACAACAAUCGAAAGGCAAUAUGAAGAUAUGGCAAUGUUUAGUAAUGUUAAUUAUAUGAUUAUAAUGUCGGUUGGUUUCAUGAUAUUGAUCAGUCCCGAAAUGGCUUUUCAUUUUGCCAUUGAUUUACCGCAUUUCAUGUGUCAGCAUGCCAAUGGAUGGUACUCAUGUGGCACGUAUUAUAUAAUGAAAUUGAUAUAUGAUUCAAUCAAAAUAAUACCAUUCAUAUUGAUCUAUGUUUAUAUGAUCGAUAUUUAUUCACCUGUUUCAAUGAAUAAUUAUUUUGUAUGGUAUAUAUUAAUAUUGCAUAUGGGUUCAAUGGCAUUCAUAGCCGUUAUAAAUAUGGCAAUAUUUACAUUUCCACGUAAUUUGAUCAAUAUAUUCAUUAUUAUUAUCUGUUUUCUUUGUUUCGAUCAUUUAAUGUGGCAUACUGGACCAAUAUUGCAGGAAAUGAAUUUUAUCGUGAAAUUUGUUGAAAAAUUUGCCAUUCUAAAGCAUUUACAUAAUGCUAAUCUAUGGUUGGUUUAUGGUGGUGAAAGAUGUUCAUCAAUGAACAAUCAGAUACAGAUUAUAUUGUAUAUGACGCAUAUUGAAGAUGAAUGGCCUCAAUUUUUAUGGAAUUAUUUACGCGCAGCAAUCAAUAUUGUUAUCUAUCAUUGUAUGGCAUUUCUAUUGUUUCUUUAUAAAUCAAAUGAAUUAAUUAAUCGUCAUGAACGUGCUCAACGUAUACAACGAUAUCGUACAGAACGUUUAAAAUGUUAAGGAAUUGAUUGAUUUUUCUAUCCAUUAACAUAUCAAAAUUGAAUGUCUGUAAAUUUUUUGCGUCAUUUUUUGUAAA